AUGGCCGCCCCAGAAUCUUCAGCCUGGGUCUCUAGUUACAACCUCUUCUCAGACCGGAAGCGGACUGACUUCAUCACUGGUUCGAACGAACUCCUCGUCUCACACACAUAUCCUCAUGCCGAUUAUGAUGCCUUUCGAACAUGUUGUGACUUUGUAAACUUGCUGUUCGUCAUUGACGAGAUUAGCGACGAUCAGAGCGGAAAGGCCGCGAGACGGACAGGGGAGGUGUAUCUGAACGCGAUGCGCGAUCCUGAAUGGACAGAUGGCUCUGACUUGGCGAAGAUGACACAACAAUUUCGCGCGCGUUUCUUGAGGUCGGUCGGACCUCAAUCCUUCCGUCGCUUCCUGAGGCACAGCGAAGACUACAUCGACUGCGUGGCUAAGGAGGCAGAAUAUCGCGAACGGGGACAAGUGCUCGACAUGGAUUCCUUCAAGUCCCUCAGGAGGGAGAACUCAGCGAUCCGGUUGUGCUUCGGCCUGUUCGAGUUCACGUUAGGGAUCGAUCUUCCGGAUUCAGUGUUUGAGGAUGAGACGUUCAUGAAGAUGUACUGGGCCUCGGCGGACAUGGUGUGUUGGGCAAAUGACGUAUACUCGUAUAACGUGGAACAAGCUAAGGGUCACAGUGGGAAUAACAUCGUUACCGUCCUGAUGGCUGCGAGAGACAUUGACAUGCAGGCUGCGAGCGACUACGUCGGUGAGUACUAUGCGGAGUUAAUGGAGGAGUACAUGACGGCCAAGGCGGAACUGGCGUCGAAGUCGUUCGGGUCGAGGGAUCUGGAUGAGGACGUUUGGAAAUAUGUGAACGCGAUGGAGAACUGGCCGAUUGGGAAUUUGGAGUGGUCGUUCAAAACGAACAGGUACUUCGGCACUCUACACGACGAAGUGAAACGGACGCGAUUGGUCGUGAUCAAGCCUCGGAAAGUCGUUGUUUAG